AUGAUGUUUCCGGUGCCUGCCUCGCCUUUGGUGCGAAUCAUGGCCGCGCCUUCACGAAUUCUCCUGAGAGCUUCACCAAGGUUUCGGGCAACCACAGACAAAGGGGAUCCGAAAAUUGUGCUUGUUGAUGUGGUUUUCAUCGUCGGCGGGGGUGAGGACUUCGGACUCGUCGACGUAGUCGAUUCCGAUGGCUUCGAGGAUUUGGGCUUCCACGAAGUGGCCAAUCCGGGCCUUGGCCAUGACUGGGAUAGUGACGGUUUGCUUGAUUUCCUUGAUGAGCUGUGGGUCCGACAUGCGGGCCACGCCUCCUUGGGCCCGUAUGUCGGCGGGGACUCGUUCCAGGGCCAUGACCGCGCAGGCGCCGCCGGCUUCUUCGGCUAUGCGG